AUGGUGAUAGAUAAAGCUUGGAUGGAAAUUUCUGAUAGAACAUUACCACAAUAUGAAAAAGGAGUGAAUGAGUUUCUUGAUUUUGCGUUUAAGCAACUUGAUGAAGGAAGAGCUGCUCGUUGUCCAUGUAAAAAGUGCAAUAACAAUUUAUUUAGGACACGACAAUCAAUCUAUGAACAUCUGAUGUUAAAUGGGAUAAGCAAAAACUACAAGCACUGGUACAAUCAUGGAGAGGGUCUACAAUAUUAUUCUGAAGAUGAUAAUGAUGAUGAUGAUGAUGCUAAUCAGAGUGAUAAAAGUGAUAAUGAAUACGGGAUGCGCCAUAUGUUAAGUGAUCUUGGAUAUGCUCAUGCAAAUCAUGUUGAAAAAAUUGAUGUUCAAAUUACAAAUGAUGCAUUUGUGAUGGAUGAUAAUAGCGCUCCAAAUAAAGAAGCUAAUGAUUCUUUCAAAGGUAACCCCACAAGUCCAAAUAAAGACGCUGCUAUCUUUUUCAGAUUAUUACAUGAGUUGGAGCAAGAUUUAUAUCCAGGAUGUGAGGAAUCUUCUACAUUAUCAUUCAUUGUUGAAGUACUGAAUUGGAAAUGUCUCUACAAGGUUAGUGCCAAUGCUGUUGACAAAUUACUUCAAAUAAUGAAAAAAUGGUUUCCUAAAGGUAAUAAAGUCCCUAGCUCAUAUAAUGACUGUAAGAAAGUUUCUCGAGAUUUGGGGCUUUCAUAUGAGAGAAUAGAUGCUUGUGUAAAUGAUUGCAUACUUUAUUGGAAGAAUUAUGAGAAUGCACAAUCAUGCCCAACUUGUGGUGAAUCUAGAUGGGAGAAUGAUGGGAAAAUGAGGAAUAUGACUAAUGAGCAUGAUGGUAGGAAAAAUAUUCCACAGAAAGUCUUGCGAUAUUUUCCUCUAACUCCACGCUUGCAAAGACUGUACAUGUCAUACAAUAUUGCUAAAGAUAUGAGGUGGCAUAAGGAAAAACCAUGUAAUAAUGAGCUUAUGGGACAUCCAGUCGAUUCUCCAGCUUGGAAAAGUUUUGAUGCAACACACCCCAUUUUUGCAGCAGAUCCACGUAAUAUUCGACUUGGUUUAGCAAGUGAUGGUUUUAACCCAUUUGGGAAUAUGAGCUCUUCUUAUAGUGUAUGGCCAGUUGUAUUAGUCCCUUAUAACCUUCCACCAUGGCUUUGUAUGAAAGAUCAACAUAUCAUGAUGUCACUUUUGAUUCCUGGUCCUAAAGCUCCUGGAAAUGAUAUUGAUGUAUACUUAGAGCCAUUGAUCGAUGAGCUACAAUGCCUUUGGGAGAGUGGUGUAGAGACGUAUGAUGCACUUUCAAAGAGUAACUUUCAGUUACGGGCAGCUCUCUUGUGGACCAUAAAUGAUUUUCCAGCCUAUGCUAAUUUAUCAGGAUGGAGCACCAAAGGCAAGUUAGCAUGCCCUGUUUGCAAUCUUGAAACAUCUUCUCGCAGGCUUAAAAAUGGGCAUAAAACAUGCUAUCUUGGUCAUCGUCGCUUCUUACCGACCAAUCAUUCUUGGAGGAAAAAUGCCAAAGCAUUUGAUGGUACCAAAGAAAAUCGAAGUGCACCAAAACAAUUGACAGGAGAUGAUAUUGUUGAACAAUAUAGUCAAUUUUCCCAGAUCACUUUUGGUAAGGCUUCAAAGAAAAGGAAACGUGGAGAUGUUCUAUUGUUUGGAAAUUGGAGAAAAAAGAGUAUUUUUUUUCAACUCUCAUAUUGGAGAACACUUACAGUGAGACAUAAUCUGGAUGUCAUGCAUAUCGAGAAAAAUGUUUGUGAUAAUAUUAUUGGGACUUUACUAAACAUCGAGAGCAAGACUAAAGAUACAAUAAAUUCUCGUUUUGAUUUAGAAGAUAUGGGUAUACGUCCUGAGCUUCAUGCAACUACCACUAGUGAUGGAAGGUAUAUGUUUCGUCCUGCGUGUUAUACCUUGUCUAAAGAUGAAAAACGAUCAUUUUGUCAGUUCUUAAAUGAUCUAAAAGUUCCAGAUGGUUAUUCUUCAAAUAUUUCUCGAUGUGUGAUUCUUACUGAAUGCAAGGUUGUUGGAAUGAAAUGUCAUGAUUGCCAUGUGUUUUUGCAUCGAUAUCUCCCUUUGGCUAUUCGUGGUUUGUUGGAUAAAGAGGUGUGCGAAGCAUUAAUUGAAUUGUGCACUUAUUUAAGAGAGUUAUGUGCUAAAGUUUUGUAUUUUGAUGACCUGGAGAGACUUGAAAAAUCAAUUUCGUUCACACUUUGCAAGUUAGAAAAGAUAUUUCCACCAUCAUUUUUUGACAUUAUGGUACAUUUAACCAUUCAUCUUGUGAGCGAAGCUAAAGUUGCUGGGCCAGUACAGUUCCGCUGGAUGUAUCCUAUAGAGCGAUAUUUGCGUAGGCUUAAAUCUUACGUGAGAAACAAGGCACGUCCAGAAGGAUCAAUCGCCGAGGCAUAUAUUGUGCAAGAAUGCAUGCAUUUUUGUUCAAGGUAUUUGCAUCGAACUGAAACUAGAAUAAAUCGUGUUGGAAGAAAUGAUGAGGGGAGGGGUGUUCAUUCACACUCUGUAUUGCAUGUUUUUUCGCAAGCUGGUAGACCUUUGCUUGGAAAAAAAUAUGAUCAGCUAAGCUUAACUGAAUGGGAUCAAGCUACAAUAUAUGUGCUAGAAAAUUGUGAAGAAAUUAGAGAGUUUGUGGAGUAA